AUGUUAGAGUGCCGCUAUGACCGCCUAGGGACGGUUGGUGAGGGCGCUUAUGGCACGGUCUACCUCGUCAAGAGGAAGCGCUCUGGUCAUGAAAUUGGGCAAGAUCUUCUGGUGGCAAAGAAGAUUUCCAUCUCUCACUUGCGCAGGGGGGAGCAGAGCGAUGCUAUCCGCGAGGCAGAUUUGCUAAGGAGCUUGUCCCACCCUAACAUUGUAGAGUUUGUGGAUUCCUUCGUGGAAGACUCACACAUCCUCUACAUCAUCAUGGGCUUCGCAGAUGCUGGUGACCUGGCUGCAAGGAUCCAAAGUGCGCAAGACCUGGGCCAAGCCAUUCCAGAGCGCGAGGUCAUGCAGGUUCUGGCCCAGGUGGUGUUGGCGCUCGCCUACCUCCACCGGAACCGGAUACUCCACCGCGAUGUCAAGCCAACAAACAUCUUCCUGACAAAGCGCGGGCUUGUGAAGCUUGGGGAUCUUGGGCUUGCAAAGAAGGUGGAGCUCUCCGCGUCUUCCGUGCAGACGCCAGCGGGAACACCCCUCUACACCUCCCCAGAGGUUUGCCAUAACGAGCGCUAUGGCAGCCAGAGUGAUGUUUGGUCCCUAGGUGUCAGCAUCUAUGAAGCCGCAGCACUCCGCGCACCUUUUGAGGCAGAGUCCCUGGCAUCCUUGGUGAUGAAGAUCUGCCACUCCCAGCCGGAUCCACUUCCAGCCGGGUAUUCCCGAGAGUUGCGUCUUCUCAUCAUGGACCUACUGGAGAAGGAUCCAAGUGUGAGACCUUCUUUGCCCAGUCUCCUCUGCACACCCUUCAUGCGCUCCUGCCUGAAGAUCCUCUUGCGCGACCAGCAAAGGGCCGCUUGGGAUAGCCUUUUGUUGGCCCGGACGGUCUGCGAAGCCCUGCUACAGGGAGUGGCAGACCAAGCUUUGGGCCAAGGGAAGCCGAACCAGCAUAGAAGGGCCAAGUCUGCUUCGCGGAAGUGA